UAAACUUGAUUUUUGCAGUAAUAUUAACUUGUUGGUUGCUAUAAAGAGGAGCCAGCUAGGGGCUUCACAUCCAGAAUACACUUUCAGACCGAUAACAUAUUUAAGACUCGUGUCAUCAAGCAACAUGAAAAUUGUCGUACUUGCUCUACUGGUCGUUUUGGUUGUCAGUCAGGGUGAAGCCUUGAGGUGUAACUGUGGAGGUCGGCGUCAAUGUCCAGGAAACGUGGAGACCUGCUCUGGUGAAGCCAACGCCUGCGCCAGUGUUAUUUUUCAUGUUCCCUGUCCCGGCUACUUUAAGGGCUGCAUGAAAAUGACCAACUGCAAGAUAAUGAAUCAACCUGGCAUCACCACGACCGCCUGCUGCUCCUCUGACCUGUGCAACUGACCAAUUAACAUCGGCCGUCGUACGCACCUGAAAUCUACACAUCAAUAAAUGUUUGUGAUUGGU